AUGUCCACAGACCUACUAACAGCACUGCAGCCGCACUUCUCACAUCCAAACAGCAACAAGAUAAUCAGAACUCCCAGGAGAUAUAUUAAAGCCCAGAAGCUGUUUGUGCAGCUCCUAAAGAGACACAAACAGUGUAGAUACUACUACUUGGUGAAGUAUCACUGCCCAGUAAGCCUCACACCAGCAGUCUCAGACAAAGAUGUGGAGGGUAGUGUGGGAGACAAACACAUCCGAGAUGCGCCUGUAUUACAUAGGAGACCACCACGUGGGACAGCCAACAACGAAACAGCCGCUGUCAAUCACAAUGAUAUCCAGCAUCAGGCAGUUCCACACAGCAGCCAACACAUCCUACCCAUCAACCCCAGCGAUGAGCAACACAUGACAGAUGAUGGAGCUUCACAGGAGUUCCUCUUAUCUCAGCAUUCCAGCAUACAACAGAUCUAUCUGCUGCUCCGAGCUAUACUGCAUCAGGUUGUACCAGAAGACCUGUGGGGCUCCAGGCACAACAGAGUCUGCUUCCUGACCAAUGUGUUACUGUUCCUGAGGAUGGGCCGGUACGAGAGGAUCACACCGCACCAACUCAUGACAGGAAUGAGGCUGACUGACUGUGACUGGCUGAAGUUGGACUCCAACACUGUGCAAGAGUUCCACACCAGAAGAGCAGUUCUGGGCAAGCUUGUCUGGUGGCUCUUCAACAACUUUGUCAUCACAAUGCUCAGGUCUUACUUCUACAUCACAGAGACAACAACUCAGAGGAACCAGGUUCUGUACUACAGGAGUUCUCUCUGGAAAAUGUUAAAGGACAAGGCCACAGAGCAACACCUCAGCAGGCACAUGUUGAGCCAAAUCAGCCAAAACACUGUCAAAAACCUCAUCAGAGACCACCAGUGCCUGGGUGUGGCCAACCUCAGGUUUGUUCCCAAGAAAACAGGACUGAGGCCCAUUGUCAACAUGGGCAGACAAGAGAAGACUGACAUGAGCAGCACAGGAACCUCCAUCAACUACAAACUGCAGAACCUGUUCAAAGUGCUGACAUACGAGAAGGAAGCAGCGCCAGGCAUGCUGGGAGCAUCCGUGUUUGGGACAAACGACAUCUACAAGAGGUGGACAGACUUUGUGGUCAAGCGCAAAGCUGCUGGGUGCACAGACCCCCUGUACUUUGUGAAAGUGGAUAUCCAGCACUGUUUUGACAGCAUCCCUCAGGACAAGCUUCUAGAGGUUAUGGCCAGUGUGCUCUCCAGAGGGUGUGACUAUUUAAUCAGGAGGUAUGCAAAAGUGAUAGCCACAAGAAAGAAUGUUCAGUGCACCUUUGAGAAACACAUUGCUGUGUUGGAUGACUUCAUCCCAUGCUUCAAGGCCUUCGUGUUACUGCAGAACCAAUCAGGGAAGAUGUAUGACGCCAUUGCUGUUGAUCAGGUGAUUCAGCACCAUGCAUCUCCCACCGUGAUGUUGAGGCAGUUACAGCAUCAUGUACAGAACAACGUGAUCCAGGUCGGGGGGAGCUACUACCGGCAGAUCAGCGGGAUCAGUCAGGGAUCCUGCCUGUCCAGCCUGCUCUGUAGCUUCUUCUACGCUGACAUGGAGAGGAGACAUCUCUGUGGCAUGGACACAGAUGGGUUGCUGCUGCGUCUGGUGGAUGACUUUCUGCUGGUGACCCCACACCUGGACCAGGCUACAGCCUUCCUCUGUACCAUGUUGGAUGGUAUCCCUGAUUAUGGGUGCAGCGUACAUCCGGACAAAGUCCUGACCAACUUCCCUGUCCAGCACAGGAAUACUGUGGUGACAUGUCAGCCAGCAGUCGGCUGGUUCCCGUGGUGCGGCAUGCUGUUCCACACUCUCCUGCUAGGGGUCAUGAGAGACUACACAAAAUAUGCCAACCUGAGUAUCAGGUACACUUUGACCUUUGACCUCCACCAGACUCCCGGUCAGGCCAUGAAACAGAAGCUGAUUAACACUGUCAAGGCCAAGUGUCACGCCUUCUUCCUGGAACCCAAGGUGAAUUCAGCAGCUGUGAUUCAACAGACUCUCUACAAGGCAUUCCUGUUCACAGCCCACCAGUUCCACAGCUACAACAGCUGUCUGCCCUCCAGGUGCAGGGCUCAGGACAACCCUGCAUUCUUCCUCAGAAUGAUCAUGGACAUCUGCCAUUACCCCCUUCUACUGGUUGAUGCAAUGGUGGCAAAGGAAGUGAUGUCAGGGCAGCUUCCUGUAUCCCAGGAUGCAGUGGAAUGGUUGUGCCUGCAAGCCUUCAAGUCCAAACUGUCAUCUCACCGAUCAGUUUACUUCUCACUGCUCAAACCUCUGGAGAAAUGUAUCAGGACCUUGGAGAAGAACUUGGACUGUAAGGAACUGCAGCAGGUAACAAGCCAACAGAGUGUAGCAGAGUUCCAGUCCAUCCUUGCCUAACUGAUGGUUGACAAACUCGGACAUAGCUUUCUUCAGCAACCUCCAAAUGCAGCAUGACAGAGAUUCAAACAACCCCACAGUGUCUCUAAAUGCCUCCUUUAUUUUCUGUUAUGCAAAUAAUGGUUCUGAAAGAACAUAAAAGAUCGGAUAUGGACACAGAAAAUAUCUGUACAUGCUCAGCUACAAUUAUCAGAUGCUGUCUUGUAAAAUAUUACCAGAUGAGACUCGAGCUAUGCACAAGAAUUGUCCCAACUUGAAAUGGUGAACAUCUGGAUGACUCUGAUAUCAGUUGAUCCAUUGAUACAACCUUGCAUUCAUUUAAGUCUGUGACAAAGAAAUGUAUCAUAGUUUUUCACUUGUAUUUCACACCUGAAGCAUUGCUUUAUUAAAGACAACA